AUGAACCUAACAGAGUUUAAUCAGUCUGAUCUCUGUGUGCAUUUCUCCUGUCCAAAGCGAUCUGUGUCUCUUGCAGUUUAUAUCUUACUGUAUGUGUGUUCAGCUGCUGUGAUUCUGCUAACAGUGUGUGGAAAUCUAUUCAUCAUCAUCUCUGUUUUUCACUUUAAGCAGCUUCACACACCAACUAACAUGCUUGUGCUCUCUCUGGCUAUGUCAGAUUUCCUUGUUGGUAUUUUUCUAAUGCCACUCCUUUUAAUCUGGACUAUUGAGUCAUGCUGGAUUUUUGGGAGAGUUUUAUGCAGCAUCUAUUGGCUGUUUAGUGGUCUUCUCAUAACAUCAAGCUAUACUAUUGCUCAGAUUGCUGUGGAUCGGUAUUUGACCCUCUCAAACCCCUUUCUUUACAUGAACAUUGUCUCUGUAAGGAUAACUUGUGUUGUAAUUGUUUUUAACUGGUGUGUGGUGCUCGGCUAUACCAUAGCAUUCCUAUAUGGUAAUGGAAACUUCAAAAGUUCUGUAUUGUGUCCUGGAGAGUGUUUUCUUUUUCUCAAUGAGGUUUGGUCUGUAAUUGAUCUUGUAUUGUCCUUUAUAUGUCCACUUUCUGUAAUAAUCAUAUUUUAUAUUCUAGUUUUUGUGAUUGCUAAGAAACAUGUAACUGCUAUCAAAGAGCUUAAUAAUCACACAUGGUGUAAAACACAGAAAAUCUCCUCACAGUCGAUGAAAUCUGAGAGAAAAGCAGCUAAAGUCCUUGGCAUUUUAGUGUCUGUGUUUCUGGUGUGUUUAUUUCCAUAUUUUAUUUGUUCUUUAUUAGCCAAUGUUAUUGAAUUGCACAUGGAAACAUUUGGGAAAGUUUUAAUUAUUAUUCAUCUUAAUUCCACUAUUAAUCCAUUUAUUUAUGCUCUGUUUUACCCAUGGUUUAGAAGGUGCAUCAAAUUAAUUAUAACUCUGCAAAUAUUCCAAACAGAUUCUGCUUUAAUCAACAUUCUUUCAUGA